CCACUUCCAUAAAUGCCACUGAGCCAGCUCGAACGGCAAUUAGUUGCGCUCGAUGUUCAGGCGAGGAGAAAUGUGCAAAUUCAAGAAAGAAAUUGUCUCAAUCGGCUUGCUCUUGCUGAUUGGAGCUCAUAGCUCGCUGGCGCAAUGGGCGAAUAUUUGCUCCGAUGCGGAGGAUGGAACGCGUCUGGCCUUGCCCUUGGAUUGUGCUCGAUUUGCGGUGUGCGAAGAUCGUGAAGUUGCGCAGAUUCGCCGCUGUCCACGUGGCCUGCACUUCAACUCGGAGCUGGGUGAAUGCGAUUUCCAGUGGCGUGCCGUUUGUACGGGUCUCUUGCCGUUCGGUAAGGCGGUCGCCGACGAGGAUUGUGUGUGCACCUGUUGUGCCGAGCAGUGUCCCGAUGAGCCCAGUGUUCCGGAGCAGACUACGCCCUGUCAGCCGGUGGAGAGUACCACGAAGCCCACCGGCCCCACCAGCAGCCCGGAUAUAGGUGUGACAGAGACAGUGCCCGAUGAGACGACGUCUGAGGGGGAGACUACCUACAAUACGGAGCCCGCUCCUGGUCCCAGUCCAACCGAUAGUCCGGUGGCACCACCAGGCGGUGGUGGUGACGUGCCCGCCUUCUGCGUCGACAAGCGUCCGGAUUGUGUAAAUCAGCCGGACGGAGCUUUGCUGCAGCUGCCUGGCGUCUGCACGAAGUUCAUUCAAUGCAAUCACGGCUGCAGCACGGAGCAGAUCUGUCCCAGCGGCCUCUACUUCGAUCCCAUUGAAGGCAUCUGCAAUUAUCCGUGGGACGUGGACUGCAAGCCAGUGAGCACAGACGACAAUGAUGGUGAGGUGGUGGGUCCAUCGGGCACCACUUGCAGUGAUCAGGGCAUUUGCGCCGGCCAACGGGAUGGUAAGAUGUUUGCUGAUCCGGAUACCAAUGGCUACUUCGUUUGCCAGUGCCAGUGUCCCAUUGCCAUGCCCUGCGAUGCGAAUACCAAAUUCAAUGAGGCGGCUCAGGUCUGUGACUGGGAUAAUGUACCAAAUACGGAUGGCGGUAGUGACGGCGGUAGCGGUGGUAGCGGUGGUAGCGGCGGCGGUAGUGGCAGCAGCGCUGUCAUAUGUCCCGAUGGUCUGAUCUACAAUGCCACUUCCGAUCAGUGCGAUUAUGCGCCGGACUAUGUGCCAGAUGUCGUCUGCCCAAACACCGAGACUAUUUGCCAGAACCAGCCGGAGGGCGAACUCUUCCCCAUUAACGGUGUUUGCAACAAGUUCUACAAAUGUAAUUUCAACUGUGCCAUAGAGCAGAUCUGUCCCAAUAAUUUGCUCUAUGAUGCCAAGACCAAGAUCUGUGACUAUCCCCAAAAUGUUAAAUGUGAAUGGCCGUAUUCGCCACCAACUGGCCCGGAAGCCGGACCCUCAGGCAUUUCCUGUGAAAGCAACGGCCGCUGCCUGGGACAGCGCGAAGGCACCUAUUUCCCAUCCCUGACCAGCUGCAGCGGCUACGUCGUCUGCCAGUGCGAGUGCGAAGUGCCCAUGGAGUGUUCGCCAGGUCUCUACUGGGACACCAAAUUGUCCACUUGCAAUUAUCCUGACAAAGCCGGCUGCUCUCCGUAUCUCCUCUUCGUUGCUAUGGCCUUAGUCUUGGGAGCCGUGGCCGAUGAUGAUUGCUGCGAAGUCGGCGAUACCAAGCCGGACGAAAACGAUUGCACUCAAUACUACGGCUGCUGUACGGGAAAGUUCGUUCUUAAGUCCUGCCCAAGCGGACAAUACUGGAAUAGAGAUACCAAACAAUGUGAAGACGACAAUGGCCAAUGCGUUACUGUAGCUCCCUGCACAUGUACAGAUGGAGAUGUCAAGGCAGAUGAUUCAGACUGCACCAAAUAUCUGGUCUGCAAGAACGGAGAAUAUGUCUCCGCUUCCUGCAACUCUGGUGACUACUGGAACGCGGCUAGCAAACAGUGUGAGCAGGAUAAUGGUCAGUGCGUUACUCAGGCUUCAUGCACAAAUGGAGAUACCCAGGCAGAUGCUUCGGACUGCACCAAAUAUCUGGUCUGUCAGAACGGACAAUAUGUCUCCGCUUCCUGCAACUCUGGUGACUACUGGAACACGGCUAGCAAACAGUGUGAGCAGGAUAAUGGUCAGUGCGUUUCAGUAGGCUGUAAAGAUGGCGUUCUUAAGCCAGAUGAAUCUAACUGUGCUGGUUUCUACGAGUGUGUGGAUAAUAAGUUUGUCCAGAGAAAAUGCCCUGCUCAAACCUAUUUCGAUAAUUCGCUGGGUGCUUGCGUUAUUGAUGAGAACGGUGUUUGUAUUCCCAAGGUCUGCGAUGCCGAAUGCUGUGAUAUGCCUAACAAUUGGAUUGGACCCGUCGAUAAGAACUGCUCGGCAUUCAUUCAAUGUCUAUAUGGCAAUGUGAUCCAGCAGAACUGUCCCAACAAUCUGCAGUUCAACAAUAUUACCAAGGAAUGCGACUAUCCCGAUGUUGUCCAAUGCGAUGAUGGCAGCCCACCGCCAAGUGGACCCACAGCCGGCCCCUCCGGCACCUACUGUGAGAGCAAGGGUCGUUGUCUUGGAAAACGCGAUGGCACCAUGUUAGUCGAUGACAAGAAUAAAUGCAGCGGUGGCUAUAUUGUAUGCCAGUGUGAGUGUGAGGUUGCCUUCACCUGUAGCGCCGGCUUGGUUUUCAACCAGCAGGUUCUCGCGUGUGACUGGCCAGAUAAUUCUGACUGCUAA